AAUAUAUGACUAAAAAUUAAUAAUUAAAGUUGAUAAGGAAUAAUUUUACGUAUUAAUACAAAAAUUAAAAAAGUGGAGUGAGGUAUUUACAUGUUGCCCGACUAAUUUCCACAUAACUCAGUAUUGUAUUAUGUUUUUAUCUAACAUAACAUUGGGCAAUAAUUGUGUAAAAAAGUUUCCUUAAGUGAUUAGUUGGCAAUUGAAAAAUGUUGAUUAUUUAAUAUAAUUUAGUUUUGAUUAUUUUAAUAGUAGUAAAUGUUAGUUAUUAAAUGAUUUAAGUUAUAUUUAAAAUAAAGGAGAUGUUCUUUUAAAAAUCUAAAUUAAUACUAAACUAAAUUCAAGAAAUACGUAACUGAAUUUUUUUUUUAUUCGAUGGAUAUAGUGGAUAAUAAAAUAUUAAUUUUACCAACUCCCUUUCAAAUUAUUCAAAUUUACAAAGAUUUAAAUACUAACGAAAAAAGGAUAAAAGUUGAUGUAAAAUUAAUAUCAGAAUGGAUGAAAAAACAACCGCAUCUCCCGAACGCUAUUCUCGAUGAAAAAAGAAUCACACAAUUUUUAAUCUAUAGUAAAAAUAGCUUGGAAAAAACAAAGAAAUCACUGGAAAAAUAUUAUACUAUAAAAACUUUAAAACCUAAAUUUUUCUGCAACUGGGACUCUAUUUCUUUAGAAUUAACAGAAGCAAUGAAUUAUGGCAUGCUGGUUCCACUUCCUGUUUUAACUUCUGAAGGCAAUAGAGUAUCAUUAGGUUAUUUCAGACAUAAUGACUAUAAGAAAUUCAACUUUGUAAAUUUCGGCAAAUUAAUUGUCAUGACGUUUGAUAUAAGAAUUUCUAAACUAGAUUUAUACAAAAAAGAAAUACUUAUAUGGGAUAUGAAACAUUUCUCUACGGCUCUUCUACCAGAAAUAAUUACUCAUAUUAAUGAAUUUGUUCAAAUUACUAGUGUAGCAUAUCCUUUGAGAAUUGAAAGAGUUCAUAUUAUUAAUGUUCCAAAAUAUGCCAAUUCUAUAAUUAACUUAAUAUGCAGCUUACUAAAGAAAAAAAUUACAGAAAGGUUUAUAAUUCAUAAAACAAACGAUGACUUGAAAAACUAUAUAAAUCCUAAAAUUUUACCAAUUGACUAUGGCGGUUUGUUUUCCACAACAUCAGAGGAAAUUAUGGAUAACUGGAAGGAAGAAUUGAUAAAAAACAGAAAUUGGUUUUUAUCUCAUAAUAAAGUUCUUAACGAUGAGCAAAAACGAACUAAAAGUUCAAAAAUAAAAUACUUAUACGACGAUACUGAAGGUUCAUUUAGAAAACUUGAUAUUGACUAAGUGAUAAUAUUCUUAUAUUUCCUUAAUUUAUUAUAAUAUAACAAAUUAUGUAAAUAAUAUUGUAAGCAAAGCAUAACAUCUUUUAGAGAAAUAAAAAUUAUAUUCCUUUUAUUAAUUAUUUUAUAUUAAUGAGAAUAAAAAUAAAAAUAUUAAUUAAAAAUACUAUUAAUUUAAAAGUUAUUUAUAUUUGUAUAUUUAGACUAGAGGAACAAAGUGGCUCAGAAAUGUUUAAUAAUAAAAAUAAUCUCACUUAAGCUUCAAAAGGAACCUCUAUUUUAAUUUUUUAAUAUCGCCCAAAAUACUAAUAUGAUAGUUAUUAUUGUCCAGUAAUUUACUAAUUAUAUAGUUUUUCAAAUAAUUAAUUUUCUAAUUUAUAAUUAAUUAAUAUAUUUAUUUUU